AUGUCGUCAACCGAAGCAAACAUCCCGGCUAAACCACCCACCGACGAACUGCCGCAGCUCUCCACCUACACUGCUGAGACAGAGGAUGACCGCAUUGAGGGUUUGCGCUUAGUCGCAGACUCAGUGGCACAACAGCGCCAGAUCGCGAGCAAGGUCAUGCUGUUCCACCCCGUCUCGCUAGCCGCCUACUUCGCUAUCGUCGCCAUUGUGGCCCAGUACACGCUACGCUGGUACGAGGACAAGCUGAUGCUUCUCACGACCAUUGGAGGCAUCUCGAUGACUUUCCUCAUUUUCAUUCGAUGGAUGACUGGUGGCUACAUCAGCAUGGCCGAGGAUAUCAACAUGGAGUGGCUUGGCGAUGACAGGCUCAUCGUGGUGAAGUGGGGUGAAGACGUUAUUGGAUCCUUGGUGUUGGGUUGGGCCGAUAAUGAUGCCGCGAAGAAGCGUGGCAGGAGAAGGAGGGGCAAGGCAGUUGUGCGCGCUUGGACUGUAAAGUUGAAGUACCGCGGCAAAGGUGUUGGUGAGGGUCUUUUGGAGGAAGCUGUCAAGAUUGCGGGAGAGCGAGGUGCAGAUGGCAUUGUCUUCGAUGCUGACCAUGCCAACUCCAAACGCGUUCUCCCUGCCAUCUUCAACGGCUUCAUUAACAAGCAAGAUGCCAAAGCCGAAAAGGCCCUACAAAAAGUCGCAGAUGCAAAGGGCAACUUCCGUCAGCGUCAGAGCUCUCCCACUUGGGGCAGCAGGUAG